GACCCCCCCAAUCCCCCCCAAAUCCCCCCCCCCAGGCCUCGGAGCUCGGGAUGACGUCGACGUUCUACAAAUACAUCCUGACCACCAUGGACUUCCCCCUGCUGCACCUGGAGUCCCUCCCGGCCCCCCCGGCCACGGUUUUGGGGUUCUCGAUGUUCAACACGAGCCACCGGUUCUACGGCGAGUUCGUGCGGAGCCUCAACAUGUCCUGGAGGGAGAGCUGCGACCUCCGGCCCUACCCCGGCCCCGCGGUGAGGGGGGACCCCGAAAACACCCGGGGGGAACCCCAAAAACCUGAGGGGAACCCAAAAAACCCCAGCAGGAAACGCCCCAAAAACCUGGCGGGAAAUGCCCCAAAAAAUCCAUCGGGAAACACCCAAAAAACCCCAGCAGGAAAUGCCCCCAAAAACUCCCAGGGGGGCCCCAAAAACCUG